AUUUUCAGUUGAGAUUCGUCGGUCGAACGUAGCGGAUGGCCAAGUUAACUAUCUCUUGGAUAUUAUUACCAUAAAACCAAAGUAGGUAACAUCCAUAUGGAAAAUAAAGUUAAACGAAAAUAAUGUCUGCAUAGUUGAAUAAAGUGCUCUGUAAUAUAAAAUUGUGGUCACUUAAAAAGAAAACUCUUUAAUUUGAUACAAUCCUGUGAUUAAAGCUGUUUUGCAUUCGUAACGUGUGGAUUUUUGUCGAAAGUGACAUACCUGGUGCAUAUUUUUAUAAAGUGGCACAUCGCAUUCAUACUCACCUUUUUAGAUAUGUUCGCCGUUCAGUGAUUUCUUUUUUUUGGUUGUUGUUGGGUUCAAAUUUUAUAAGAUACUUUACAAGAAGAUACAGUUUAUUAACCCAAAAGUUGUACAAAGCUAUUUUGUUGAGAAGGUCCCUUCUCCGUAUUUGUGUCGCCAAAACCGUUAGAGAAAACCGGUCGUGUAAAGUUGAGUGUGAGCCAAAAUAAUCUUUUAAUAGUUGUGCAGUACUCACAGAAGCCCCCCAUAGAAAGAACAUUCUUUGACGCAAUGAUUUUAAGGAGGUCUGUCGCAACUUUUGUGCUCCUAUUCGUGUAUCAAUGCUGGGCCCAAAGUAUAAAUGAGUUAGAUGGCCUGCCGGAGCCAAGAGCCUAUGUACCAGAUUCACAAUUUUUGGAUUUCGUCUACCACGAUCAUGAUGAGUUAACAAGAUUUUUAAGAGCAACAAGUGCCAAAUAUCCAAAUCUAACAGCGCUUUAUUCAAUCGGGAAAUCAAUUCAAGGCCGUGACCUUUGGGUAAUGGUUGUUUCUGCGUCACCAUACGAGCACAUGGUCGGCAAGCCAGAUGUUAAAUAUGUUGGCAAUAUACACGGCAAUGAGCCAGUUGGCAGGGAAAUGCUACUGCAUUUGAUUCAAUACUUUGUCUCAGGAUAUAAUACGGAUGCGUAUGUUAAAUGGUUGUUAGAUAAUACCAGAAUCCAUAUAUUACCAUCUAUGAAUCCUGAUGGUUAUGCAGUUUCCAAAGAGGGUACUUGUGAUGGUGGCCAAGGAAGAUACAAUUCACGUGGUUUUGAUUUAAAUCGUAACUUCCCGGAUUAUUUUAAGCAGAAUAACAAACGUGGACAGCCAGAAACUGAUGCUGUUAAAGAUUGGAUUUCCAAAAUACAAUUUGUUUUGAGUGGCAGUCUUCACGGAGGGGCUUUAGUCGCAAGCUAUCCUUAUGAUAACACACCAAAUUCUAGGCUGCUAAAAGGAAUUUGUCGAUCGUCAGCAUUAUGCGCGAUGUUCCAAACCUAUUCGUCAGCUCCAUCCCUGACACCAGACGAUGAUGUCUUUAAACAUUUGUCAUUGGUCUAUGCGAAUAAUCAUGCUAAAAUGUCUCGCGGUGUAGCGUGUAAGUCGGCGACACCAGCAUUUGAGAAUGGCAUCACAAAUGGCGCUGCAUGGUAUCCGCUAACUGGAGGCAUGCAAGAUUAUAACUACGUUUGGUAUGGCUGCAUGGAGGUGACGUUGGAAAUUUCAUGUUGUAAAUUUCCUCCAGCAUUUGAGUUGAGAAAAUAUUGGGAGGAUAAUCAAUUGUCAUUGAUUAAAUUCCUUGCCGAAGCACACCGAGGGGUACAAGGAUUCGUCCUGGAUCCAACUGGGGCACCAAUUGAAAGAGCGUCAUUGAAGAUCAAGGGUCGUGAUGUAGGAUUCCAAUCGACGAAAUAUGGAGAGUUCUGGAGGAUUCUGAUGCCCGGUUAUUACAAACUAGAAGCUUUUGCUGAUGGAUACGCCCCACGUGAAAUUGACUUUAUGGUCGUUGAACAGCAUCCAACACUCUUGAAUGUAACACUUCAGCCAGCAAAGAGAACUGAAGGAUCAGCAACACCCUUCUAUCGACCGAUUCCACAAUCCCAAUUCUAUCGUCCAGGACCUCCACCUUCCUAUACCGAUGGCGGAAUCUUCUCAUCGAUUAGUAAUGGUCUCAACACACUCUAUUCAAAUAUAUUUGGCUGAUUGUUGAUGUUGUGACUUUUAUUUUUCAUAGAUCUAAGAAUAUCAUUUCUAUUAAUUAUUUCAUUGAUUGCAUUUACCUUCGUUUAUUUAGUUUCAAACAAUUAUUUCUAGUGUAUCUAUUUUCUGAUGUGACUGAUGAGUGUGUAAAUAUAUUUAAAAUAAAAAUUCUUCAAAAAUUCCAUUAUUUAUUUUUCCAUACAAAAUCCAUAUGUUGAAAAAAAAAGAAUAAAAAACAAAUUUUUAAUUUUAAAUAUUCAAACACAAUUUGAAAAAAAAAGUAAAAACAAAGAAUGUGCUUUUUGCUUAAUCACAGGUUACUUAAAUGGUAUUCGAAUAAAGCAAACGAAAAAAUAAAGGAAUUCCGAAUAAUCACUGCCUUCAAAAAUUUUAAGUGGUGAAUUUUUUUAUUUGAAAAAUUACAUUUUUGCGCUGUUAAUAUAGAAAUAAAAAAUAUUUAUUUAUGUAAUUAAAAAUAAUAUGUAUUUAAAAUUCAAUAGAAAAAUAAGCUACAAAAAUGGAGCACAAUCAAUCAUGAAUUAAAAAAAAUGUAAAUGUAUCUCAUAUAAAUAUUAAGUUAUCUAUUGUUUUACUUUUGUUUUAUUUUUUUAUAAUUGUACUUUAUAUAAUAAAAUUAACUUUUUAGAAGACAAUAAUAAAAUAAUUUGUUUUUAAUUUUCGUUUUUCUUGCUUUUCUUAAUUCUAUUUUUAAUUUUUACAUCGAAAUUAAAUAAACCUACUAUUGUACCUUGUAUAAAAAUAAUACCAAUAGUGAUGUUUAUUCAUAUACAAAAUUACAAAAUUGAGACACCGAUUUAGGAAAAUGUAAAAAGUAAACUAAAUAUUCUGCUAAUAAAUAUAAAAUUAAUCUUU